AUGAGCGCAUUUUUUGUAUGUAAAAAUGGUCAAAAUGUAUCAUGGGACUCAGUAUGUGAUGGUCGUAGACAAUGUUCAGAUGGUUCCGAUGAACGAAAUUGUUAUUGUCAAGGUGAUGUCUAUGCCUGUUUACAAGGCAAUAAUGUUAGUUGUCGGAUAGCAUGUACUACAUAUGGCCGUGUUACUUGUUUAACAUAUCGAAAUAAUCUUGCUUGCGAACAGUAUAUUCGAGAACGCAGUAGUACUUUUUCGUUUUGA